GUUAGGUCAGGAGUAGUACUUUUCUUUAACAAUGAUUCUAUGGAGAAACAGUUGGUGGUGCUGGUCCACCGCCCUACUAUUCUCACCACCUUCAAUCUGGUUAGCACCAAUCUUCUCUGCUUGCCUCCGUUGCAGUCUUGCAGAGCACCAAAAGGAAAAGGUAUGUUGCCCAUGGUUGGGACUUGGGAGGCUGAAGGUUGAUGCUGCCAAUAAAUAUGGAGGCAGCUACGAUUGCUGGUGGUUUCAUGGCGAGUUUUGCUUGUUUUGGAGUUUGGGACUUGGGAGGCUGAAGCUUCAAGCCAAGGCCGGCGUCAUGGACCCUGGCUCCGACAUCAUCGAGUACGAGAGGCCCGGCGUCGUGCGCGUGUACAAGAGCGGCCGCGUCGAGCGCUUCGACGGCACCGACACCAACACCGUCCCGCCCUGCCCCUCCGGGGACCCCGCCUAUGGCGUCGCCUCCAAGGACGUCGUCCUCGACGCCUCCGCCAACAUCUCCGCUCGCCUGUACAUUCCGGCCGCGGAGCCUGGCAAGAAGCUCCCCGUCGUCGUUUACUUCCACGGCGGCGGUUUCCUUGUCCAAACCCCGGCCUCCCCGUUCUACCACGCCUACACCGCGUCGCUCGCCGCCGCGGCGCCCGCCGUCGUCGUCUCCGUCAACUACCGCCUCGCUCCCGAGGACCGCCUCCCCGCCGCCUACGACGACGCCUUCGCCGCGCUUAAGGCGGUCGUCGCCUCGUGCCGCCCGGACGGCGUCGAGCCGUGGCUCGCGGCGCAUGGCGACGCCUCCCGCGUCGUCCUCGCCGGCGACAGCGCCGGCGGCAACAUCGCGCACAACACGGCCAUAAGGCUGCGGAAGGAACGCAUCGAGGGCUACGGCGACGGUGUCAGCGGCGUCGCGCUCCUGCACUCCUACUUCUGGGGGACAGAGCAGGUGGGCGGGGAGCCCACGGAUGCCGCCUACCGCGGCGAGUUUGAGCGAUUGUGGGACGUCGCCUGCGGCAGCCAGUUCGGCCCCGACCACCCUUACAUCAACCCGGCUACGUCGCCGGGGGAGUGGAGCCAGCUCGGGUGCGGCCGCGUGCUCGUCACCACGGCGGAGCUCUGCUGGUUCGUGGACAGGGCGCGCGCGUACGCGGAGGGGAUCAAGGCGUGCGGAUGGGACGGAGAGGUCGAGUUCCACGAGACCAAGGGCGAGGAGCAUGUCUACUUCUUGUUUAAGUCCGGCUGCGACAAUGCCGUCAAGGAGCUCGCCGUCGUGGCCGACUUCGUCGGGCGCUGUUGAGGUUGCUUGCCUUUUCUGCUCGCCCGAUGAAUGAUUCAACAGUAUUUUCUUUUUUGAAGAAACAGAGUGAUUCAUCGGUAAUAAGGGAUAACAUAAUUGGUGAGGGAUAGGCGCCGAUCAACCGGCCAAAAUUUCAUUGUGAGAUUCAGGCGAUCCAGAAUAGCAAUGUCAAAUUCAUAAAUCCUCACUGCUUCCAAAAUAA